GGAGCGCCGCGCGUUUCUGCUCCCGAAGAACUACAACUCCCAUGAUGCUCCUUCCCGCUAGGCCGCCGGGCAAGGCGCUGUUUCUAUGGCGACCGGAGUUCACCGAGGCCUAAGGACCGCCGCGUCAUUCCGGGGACAGCGGGGCAGCGAUGCCCGGGGCCAGGUAAAGAGAGGGGCGGUGUGGGGAGGGCUUGUCUCCGCCUCUGCUGCUCCGGCGGGCCUGCAGGCCGCUUUCCCUCAGGAGGGCAGGGCAGGGCUCGCUGUCUCCCAAUGUCCCGGCCCCCCAACUUCCACAGGCCGCCUGCAACUUUCCCGGAGGACGGGGCCAUUAUCUCUCGACAUCCGCACCAUGUCUUUCAAAGCGCCGUUAUUCCGCUUUAAACGGACGCCCCAAAAGAGACCUGGGAAGUGUGGUUGGGCUGGGAGACCUACCAGAGCGCGCGGGGGGUGGGGUGCAACUUGAAUAAAAUAUUGGGAGGGCCCAGGUGAGCCCUGCCCCACAUAAGUUAUUAUGAAUUAUAAUACUGAAUUAUUGUAUUUUAAUAUUUUGCUGGAGGCUGCCCAGAGUGGCUGGGGAAACCCAGCCAGAUGGGCGUGGUAUAAAUAAUAAUAAUAUACAGUAUUAUUAUUAUUAUUAUUAUCAAUCACACUACACAGUGCACAAUCCCCAUUUAAACGUCCAAGAAUUGUAGCUCUGUGGGGGGAAAUUAGGGAUCUCCUAACACCCUGAACGGGAUGCAGGUGGCGCUGUGGGUUAAACCACAGAGCCUAGGACUUGCCGAUCAGAAGGUCGGCGGUUCGAAUCCCCGCGACGGGGUGAGCUCCCGUUGUUCGGUCCCUGCUCCUGCCAACCUAGCAGUUCGAAAGCAUGUCAAAGUGCAAGUAGAUAAAUAGGUACCGCUCCGGCGGGAAGGUAAACGACAUUUCCGUGAGCUGCUCUGGUUUGCCAGAAGCGGCUUAGUCAUGGUGGCUACAUGACCCGGAAGCUGUACGCCGGGUCCCUCAGCCAAUAAAGCGAGAUGAGCACCGCAACCCCAGAGUCGGUCAUGACUGGACUGGUCAGGGGUCCCUUUACCUUUACCUUUAACACCCUGAACAAGCUGCAGUUCCCUGUCCCUCUCCCCAUCUCUACAAAACUCUCAAUGGUGGGUGCAGCUCAGUAGUGAUUUAAUUGUAAGUUUGUUUCUUAUGAAGAAAAAAAUUAUUGUCCACUCCACUGAUAAGGGGGUGGGGGUGGGCAUGAUAAAACUGGUAUAGGGGGUGCUUUCCAGCACAAGCGCUGCAUUCUUUGUAAGGAACUGUCCUGGGGCUGUGCGUAAAAGGCAUAGGGAAGUGGGUUAACGAACACGCUUCAUUUCUUCGUACUGUGGGCUCCCGUUCCAGCUGCACAAGAUCCAGAGGUUUAUAUAUCCCUCCCUCCCAGUCGCUCAGUCCAGUUAAACAAGAAGCACCACCACAGUUCAAGGAAACUUUUGAAUUAGGCAAAAAGUACUCAAGAGCACAGAGGGAAGCUGAUGAGGGGCAUGGCACAAGGAGCAUCCCGAGGACCAGACAGAAUGGCCCGGGGGGCGGGGCGGGUACAGGUUGGUUCACAGGGUAGAGCAGGCAUAGGUAAACUCGGCCCGCCAGAUGUUUUGGGACUACAAUUCCCAUCAUCCAUGACCACUGGUCCUGUUAGCUAGGGAUCAUGGGAGUUGUAGUCCCAAAACAUCUGGAGGGCCAAGUUUGCUUAUUCCUGGGGUAGAGGUUCCCUGCCCCUGUCAUAAAAUAAAUAACUGUAGCUUGUUCAGGGUGCUGUGAUUUGUUGAGAGUGCUACAAAAUUUCCUGGGAAGAGGGAUUGAUUGUUAAACCACUCUGAGAAUUGUAGCUCAGUGAGGAGAAUGAGGGGUCUCCUAACAACUCUCAGCACUGCUAAUAAACUGCAGUCCCCAGGAUUCUUAGGCAGAAGUCAUAACUGUUUAAAAUGAUACGAUACUGCAUUAAAUGUCGGGUGCAAUUAGGCAGGAAUAAAGCAUCCAGACAAAUAUGUGUGGUUAUAGCAGAUGGGGGUGGGGGGAUGGGAAUCUUGGUGCUAAGAAGCUCAUGUAAGUACAGAAUCUGGAAUUUUCUAGCUUGCCCACUAUACCUGAUAGGCUUCCCGUGACUUAUAAUCACAAGGCGCAAUUAGUUUCAGUGAGGGAGAAAUGGAGUAGAGUCUGUGUUGUGGGAGCAGAGCAUCUUCACUGGAAGGUUGUUUUACAUGAGGACUUUUUAUUUUAUUUUUCCUUUGCUAGUGACACCUUGUGGGAUAUUGCUAAAGCGGAAGUUGAAAAAAGAGAAAACCAUGAAGACAGCACAGAUGGUCUGGAAUGUUGGGAAAGAUCACUAUUCUUUAUAGGAAAUAAAAAUGGGGUAACAAUCAGUGUUUCAUUUCACAUUAUUAUAGAUAUAAAUUAAAUAAAUUUUGUUUGCAUACUAACUGAAAUUCUGUUAUAGCAACAAUAAAUAUUUCCUACCUUGCAAAGCUGUACGUACCAAAAUAUGGGUAGAUGGUGUCCACUUGCAAUUUGUCUAAUUUACAGUGCAGUUCUAGAUUUUACUUUCUUGGGCUCCAUGAUCACUGCUGAUGGUGACAGCAGUCACGAAAUUAAAAGACGCCUGCUUCUUGGGAGAAAAGCAAUGACAAACCUAGACAGCAUCUUAAAAAGCAGAGACAUCAGCUUGCCAACAAAGGUCCAUCUAGUUAAAGCUAUGGUUUUCCCAGUAGUGAUGUAUGGAAGUGAGAGCCGGACCAUAAAGAAGGCUGAUCGCCGAAGAAUUGAUGCUUUUGAAUUAUGGUGCUAAAGGAGACUCUUGAGAGUUCCAUGGACUGCAAGAAGAUCAAACCUAUCCAUACUGAAGGAAAUCAGCCCUGAGUGCUCACUGGAAGGACAGAUCCUGAAGCUCCAAUACUUUGGCCACCUCGUGAAAAGAGAAGACUCCCUGGAAAAGACCCUGAUUUUGGGAAAGAUGGAGGGCGCAAGGAGAAGGAGACGACAGAGGAGAAGAUGGUUGGACAGUGUUCUCAAAGCUACGAACAUGAGUUUGACCAAGCUGCGGGAGGCAGUGGAAGAUAGGAGUGCCUGGCGUGCUCUGGUCCAUGGGUCACGAAGAGCUGGACACGACUAAACAACAACAACAAUACUUUUAAGUGCCACUGAUUCAAAAGAAAAUAGUAGUUAAGUAUGUUUAUCCAGGACGGGAAUGGUAAAAAUGUUUGUAACCCACGUUAUAAAAUUAAAUAGUGAAAGACUUAAGUCGUUGCUUAAUUUAUUUGUAGAAAAUGUAAACAUUAAUUUUAAAGAUAAUUUUCAAAGUAAGCUACUUUACCCAGCACCUGAUUUCUUAAAGCAUGAAGAAAUUAUAUAGUGUUGUUAUGUAUAUUUCAUGCAUUCAUUUUAUUUCCAUUCCAUUACUUAAGCAAUUCCAGUAGCAGGCGAUCAUUUGAUCAACCUGUUAUUUACAAUUACCAAUGGCGGAUACAAAUGGCUAAACUGAUUGCUACUGUGAUGCCUGUAUUUUUUAGUUUCUUGUUGCCAUUACUAAAUUUGUCAUUUCCAAUCAUUUCCAAUCAUUUCUGAUAAUGGUAAUAAUAAUAGCAGUGUAGAUACACUCUGAUAGAAAGUUGGCAGCUAACUUUCCUGUAAUAAGAUGACAUAUAAUUGCCUACAUUUGUAAUUUUCAGAUAUUUUAUUAGAAAUGAUUAGAAGAAUGCAUUACAGCAUGUAGAAUGAUAUAAUAUUUAUGCUUUAAUGACAUUACAAUAGUAUUCUUUGUUGUUUUUAAUUUCUAGGGAAAGACUACUAUUAUACUGAGGUGCCUUGACAGGUAUGUGUUUAAGUUUUGAGAAGUAUCUCAUAUUUUCUGGGUACUCAAAAUUCUAAAUAACAUCAACAGUUUCAUUGUUGGAACAUACCUUAACAGUGUGCCUUCAAACAGUGGAAAUACGUUCCUCAGAACACUUGUCUAAAAACAGUUAUGAUUUAUUCUUACCAACACUGUAACAUUGCUCUCAGGGGCAGUCCUAUCAUUAGGUAAAGUGAGGUGGCUGCCUCAGGCAGGUGAUGAAAUGUAUUGGACCUGCUAUUCUACAUGGCCCCUUUUGGAUGACUCUGGGAGGGUAGCAAUCCAUUUGGUUAAGACAGAGCCACCUUCCUGACCUUGGUGUUGCUGCAGCUUGCUUGGACAGGGCACAGUGGUGGCGAGAUCAGGCCCAUGUAGUUGCCCAGCAGAAGAGAUCCACUACUUUCACUGUUGUGCCCACACAACCUCAGCCUCACUGCUGCCAUGCCCAGUCUCAUACAGGAAGGUUGCAGUGACAACAAUGUUGGGAGGGUGGCUCCAUGGCUCUGGCCCACCACAUAGGCCUCUGCUGUGGCCUACAUAUUGACUAGAGUGGCGCAUCACAUCCGUGAUCCAGUGUCAUUUCAGAGCACAACUCAUCAUGCUGGUUUGGGCCUAUAGUCCUAAACACUUUAAAGAGUGAUUAUACUCAGAGCUGACCCAUGGAAAUGAAUGCAUUUAAGUCCAUUGAUCCAUUGAUGCAUUUAAGUCUCAGUGGGCCUACUCUGAGUAUGGCUUAGUUGGAUAUUACUCAAAAUUCUCUCCUCCUUUCCCACCUGCUCUGCACCUCAUAUUUUGUAAUGACACAGAAUGGGAGACAGGAGAGAACCCUUCUGGAAUCCAACAUGAAUAGCAGUUUCUUCACCGCUUCUUAAGGCUAUGAUCUUUCAUGCUUCACAGAAUUCCUUUUCUCAACAUUUGUAACAAUUUAUAUAGGUAACCAAAAAACACUUUCCACACAGAGAGGCAUUUAUGGUGUGGAAUUCCUCUCUCUAAAAUCUUGUGAUAAUAAUUUAAUAAUGCAAAGUUUCAGUCACUGGAGGUGAACUAAUGAGGCAUGGCAUAGCAUGGCACGUAUGCUAGGAAGUUGGUGUGCUUUUUAAAAUAUAAAGUAUUAGCAUAUACCUUGUAUCUUUACGAUGCAAUCUUAUGCAUGCUGACCCUCUUUCAAUGAGACUUGGAGUACAUCCUAAGCAAGGGCGGAUGGGAUGGAGCAGCAGAUUCCCAGCCUCAUCUGCAACCAGCUCCUGCUGGGCUGGGAGAUGCCUGCAGCACCUUCAGGCUAGCACAGCAGAGGGUUCCAGAUUGGGUUCCUCCUCAGGAAUUAGGCUGGCUCUGGGUUUGUCACCAGAGUGACACCCCACUUUGGGGCCUUGUAAUGCCUACAGCCAGCAGGAACACUUCCAACAGAAAUGUACACUGCCCCACAUUUCAGCAGGUUCAGCGGAGGCCCCCCAUGGCAGCAUAGCCCCCCACUGAUGGAGAGCAGCAGAAAAGAACCCACCACAUUCUAAUUUAUUCCAGCAUUGCAGAUUUGAGGGGGUGGGGACGGGGAGGAAAUAUUGCUCUGUUCCUCCCAGCCAGGUAAGUAAGUAUAGGAUUGCAGCCUUUUAUUUCCAGCAUCUCUCUUAUUUGCAAGCAAAUAAAUUUCUUCUCAGCUCUCUAUUUAAUACUCUAUUUUGCCAAAUUUUCCAAUCUUGGAGUACUGUACUCAGAUAAAACAGUUGUGCAAAAAUGUAGACAGUUAACCCUUUUGUCUUGGGUCAUAUCUUUAUUGUAUAUUGCUGUGUUCUAGUUUUUACAUCUCAGUUCUCAGAAAUGAUUCACUAAGUUUUGCCAUCCCAUGCAAACUCACUCCAAGAAACUUGGGAACCAUUUUCACUGUUUUGUUUCCCCCUGUUGUUUGUGAAAAUACUGUUUUGAUAAUAGGGCAAAUUUUAUUUUAUUUUAUUAAGAAGAAGGUUAAUUUCUCUCUCUCUCUCUCUCUCUCUCUCUCUGUGUGUGUGUGUGUGUGUGUGUGUGUGUGAUCUUAAUUUUUCCAGGGAUGAAAUUCCAAAACCAACAUUAGCUUUGGAGUAUACAUUUGGAAGAAGAGCAAAAGGGCACAAUACAGUAAGUAUGCUGACAAACUAGAUUAUAUAAUCUCCUUUUGGUUCAUCAGUAGUGUUAUGUACCUCAUCAAGCCUGCCCCUGACAUUUAUGCAACCACAUUCUUGACAGCACUCUAAUUUGCAGUGGCCUUGAUAGUGGAGAAAUAUGUGCAUUUUUCAAACUUAUUUAUUUAUAAAAAUAUCUAUAUACUGCUAUUCAUAAAAACAGAGCAUUUUACAACAAUCAUACAUAAAACCAUGCAAUAAAAACCAAACAAAAAUUUAAAAACCAGCUAAAUAUUAUGGAAAGAUGUAUUCUUAAUUGCCUGCAUAAACCUAGUGAAAUAGGAAAGUUUUCUGCAGUCAUUAGAAGUUGAAACAAAAGGUGCCUACUGAAUCUCUGUUAGCAGACUAUUCCACAGGGCUGGGCCAAUACUAAAAUAAAAUAAAGGCUUGAUUUCUUUUUGCUGUCAAAUGAACCUCAUCAGCUCAGGGAAAAACCAAUGACUUUUCUGCAGAUUGUCUCUCUCCUCCUUUUCUGUUCCUGGCACUGACUUCAAGUGCAUAAGCAGAGCUCUUUAUGUGGGCUGCAGCAAGGGGAGAUGCAAACAAAACAUACACCAGAGAGUUGUGGCUAGUUUUGGCUUUCUUAUCUCUCCCUACAACCCAUGCCAAGGGUGUUUAGGGAUUAGUGGGGAUUACAUGUAUUUUCUUUUGUUGUUGUUGUUCCAUGAACACUAUUGUAUAAAGAAUACCACAUAAAUGUGGAACCUCCCAGGGCCAAAUGUAGCCCUCCUGGCUUCUCUGUCUGGCCUGUGGGAUUCUCCCCAGGCCACACCCUCUUUCUUCAAGCCUUUCCCUGAACUUGCUUCACACCCAUCUACAGUGGUACCUCAGUUUACGAACUUAAUCCGUUCCGGAAGUCCGUUCUUCAACCAAAACCAUUCUUAAACCGAGGCACGCUUUCCCUAAUGAGGCCUCCCGCUGCCGGUGCCCUUCCACCUUUCAGAUUCCAUUCUUAGACCGAGGUAAAGUUCUCAAACCAGGACACGAUUUCUGGUUUUGCGGAGUUAGUAAACCGAAUUGUUCUUAAACCAGACUGUUCUUAAACCGAGGUACCACUGUCUAGUGCUUUUGCUGGACUGGAAUUAUCCCUGAACUCUCAUAAUGAUCCCUGCUUGCCCAAACAGAGCAUGGGGGCAGGUGAAUGCAUUCAGAAACAGGUCUGCUGUACAAAGGUAAACUUUAUAUUCAUUGCUCUGCCUACUUUUGCCUCUGUUCCUGUCCACAACUAGCCUGUGGUCCCCAGAAGAUUUCUCAGAAGGUAAUGUAGCUCCUAGGCAGAAAAAGGUUCCCUAUCUGUGACUAAGUGUGAAGUGUCUCUUAGAAGAUCUUCUCAAGUUUCAUGUGUAAAUCUUAUAUUCCAACACCUUGUCAGCAAAAUCCACUGCUGGCAUUCUUCUAAACUCCUGAUAAGACAACCCAACCUUCUUCUGGGUUUCUGUCUGAUGUCAGAUCAAUCAUACAAGAUGCGUAUUGCAAUGUAUGUUAUGCAUCAAAAUCUUGUGCAAAUGAUUAAUGCAAAUAAACUUUUUUUCCCAGCCCAAAGACAUUGCUAAUUUUUGGGAACUAGGUGGUGGAACUUCAUUGUUGGACUUGAUUCCCAUACCAAUAACUACAGCUAACAUAAGGUAAUGAACCAAGAACUUGGUAAUUUCAUAAUUAAUCUCCGCUAUCUUUCUAUAACAGCUCAGUUCUUCCAUUGAACUUCAAACUUCAACUUUAUUCAUUUAGAAAUGUUUAUUACUCUUCCUCAUAGUCAUUUGUGGCCUCUAGAUUUUUGUCCUGCACGUGUGGGACCUGGAAUUGUAUACAUGGUGUAUAGUCAAUAGAGGUUCUACUGGCGAACAAUAGUCAGUCGUACCUUCAUCUGAGUCAGUUUUUCAGUUUCACUACUUUGCUGGAGAUCUGUGCCCACUUACUGGAAGUGAACUGAAUGGAACUUACUUCUGAGUUGACAUGUAUAGGAUUGUGCUUACAGUUGCUUUUUGAAAUUUAUACCCUCUACUAUCUAUAGAACUACAUUCUGUAGUGUGGUGGUUAGAACGCUGAGCUGGGACCUGGAAAAUGAGGGUUUAAAUCCCCACUCAACUACGAAGCUCACCAGGGGACCUGGAGCCAGUUUCUAUCUCUGCCUUACCCACCUUACAUGAUGGUUCUGAGGAUAGCUAAGAUGGGGGAACCAUAUUUGCCACCUUAAGCUCUUUGGAGGAAAGGUGGGGUAUAAAUGUAGCAAUAACAUCUUGAAAAAAAAUAAAGAUGGUUUAUUAAAAGAAAGAUACCUGGCUCAGAAAGUAGCUCCAUUUAAGGAAAAAGAGAAAGACAUUUUCUCAAAACACCAGCUACGAGAAAAUACAGAAAAUAUUACUAUUGUAGGAGACUAGCUUCUCUCCCAGCAGCUGUAAGCUUUAUUCAUUACACUUGCAUCUAUUCUUGCAAAUAUCCCAGAGCAACAUUUUAGGUUUCCAACAACGCUUGAGAUCCAAGGGAGAGAUAGGGACUGGCCAAAGACCAGCAGCCAUUGCACAUAAUUGCUUAAUGUAGAUUUAAAACUAGUUUCCUUUCAACCCAGACAAACCACUGACUUCUCUCAACAGAAGUCAGUGCUCUGGCUGGCUUUCUUCUGCUCUCAGUGGGGCAUUUAGUGGAAAAGGCUAUAUAGGGGCUAUUUUGGAAAAGGCCCUAGUCUCUUCUCAGUGUAGUUACACUUGAGGGAAGAUAUUAAAUUGAUUUCGGUGUGCAUAGCUGUGAAAAAUCAAAGUGAUUUUCAUGUGGAUGGGUAAGAUAGUUACCUUUUUUUUUUUUACAGCUGCUGCAGAUGAAUUACAAUUAAAAUCAACAUUAGGAUGUUGGUGUGGGGAGAAGCGGACCACUUUUUGGUCUAAAGAAUUUGAAAUGAUGAACUCAAACUAGCCAGAUGCUUUGGUUUGCAGUUCAAGGUUUCAUUCAGGCUAGAGCUCCUAUUUUCCCUGUUUCUUUAAAUUUUUAAGAGGCUGGUUGAGACAGCUUUGUUCAUCUCUUAACUAAAAGUGUCACCUUGGAUAUUUGCCUUUUUUAGAUGUGCCACUAACCCAUGGUGUAGCACUAUAUCAACAAUCGGAAGCAAGUGUCAGGUGUGCAUGCUCCACCACCACAACACAGUUUCAUUUUUGAACUAACCACAGUUUGUUGUUGUAUAUUUAUUAAUUUGUCCAUUCAGUUUAUAUCCUACUCUUACUCCUCAAGGAGCCCAGGGCUUAACUGUGUGAACUGCAAAUAACUGGUUAGUUUAAACUAUGAUUUGUUGAAACAAGCAAGCAUCAGUGCUUGUUUCCUUGUUACUUGUCAAAUUCUCCCAGACAGUUCACUCAGCCCAUAGUAACCAGGUUUAUAAUAAAAUAUCACGACAAAGAAUUUAUAGUAGAGUACAAAUCAUUUUCCGGGCAAACAUUGUUUCCAUAUUUAAUGUCAUUUGCUUAGGUUGUAUAGGUUCGCAUGUUUGUUUUUUGCACCUCUAAACUGCUGUUUAGAUGUCAUUGUACUUCUUGUGCAAAGGAUAUAUUAGGUGCCUUUAAAAAUGUUAGGCUGUCUUUCUGUUCUUUUUGUAGGACAUUUGCUAUCGUUCUUGUCCUGGAUCUUUCAAAGCCAAAUGAACUGUGGCCAACCAUGGAGAGCCUUUUACAAGCCACUAGGAAGCACGUAGACAGAGUUAUAACAAAACUGGGACAAACAAAUCCUAAAGCAGCUACUGAAAUUAAACAGAGAAUAUGGAACAAUUUGCCAAAGGAUCAUCCAGUAAGAACUAGUAUUUUCUCCAGAUGUCACAGGCUCAUACACAGUUAAAGAUAAUCGCUUUGAGAAUCAUAAACAAUUCCUUUAGAUUUUUAUGCAUGACUGAAAAUCCAUUUGAUGUAGAAGAACUUGUUCAGUGGAAAAUUAUAGCAAUUUAAUGAAAAUUCAGUAAGGGCAGAAACAAGGAAAGAAGGUUUCUUAUAUAUUCUUGUUAGACAUCUAAUGUGAUUGUUAUGGCAUGUUACAACAAUCAAAAGAAACAGUUUUACAGACGCAGUUUGAUAUUGAUUUUAUAAUCUCCUUUUGAAAUGAAGGUGAAAACUAGAAUGUACAGAAGUUAUCUGGCAAAGCAACUCACUGAAGCUACAGAUUUGAGGAAAGGGUGUAGUUAUAACAGCCUUCAGCACGACUCUAUACUUUGCAUUUAUUCAAGUGUCUAUCACAGACUCAGUGCCUUUUGAUAAUGUGACAACUAAUUAAAUUAUAAAAUUUCAGGGAUGUUAACAUAAGCCCUUGAAAUUCAAUUGCUAAUGUGCUCUCUUGAAGAAAGUAAAAUAGAUUGCCGAAGAUGCAAUUGAAAAGGUGCCUGGCAUCAUGCAUUCAUCUUGUACAAAUGUUGUGUGUAUGCGGUGUCUAAACAACGUAUAUAUAUAUAUUCUAUAGUGCACAAUUCAAGGAUGUAAAAAUAAUACUAUAAAGUAGCUAUUAAUGUGAGCCAUAAAUGAACAUGAAUAAAAGACCCAAUAGACUUAAAUUUGCUUCCUUUAUGACUUCCAGUAGCCCAGUUCAUCUUUAAAAAAACAGGCAUAUUUUUCUCCCUUGCUUCACCUAUCACACUGAUGCCAACUCACACUCCUGAAUGGAAGGAGUCACAGCCCACCUUCCACCUUUGCUGCUAUGUGCAUGUGAGAAUAAUAGAAUUGUAGAAUUGUAGAGUUGGAAGGGACCCUGAAAGUCAUGUAGUCCAGCCCCUUGCAAUGCAGGAAUUUUAACUAGAUCAUACAUGAUGGACUACCACCCAACAAGAAGCCCCUUCCAAGACCCCUGCUCAAGUUUCAUCCAUUGCAGCUUCUGUAGAUGCAGAAUUUUCAUGUGCAGCUCAGUUGAGCUCAAGAAAGAAGAUUUCUUCCUGCCUCUGGUGAAGCAAAUCCUAGCUGCUCUGCUUGUCUUGAGCUUAAGCAUAUGUAAGGAGCUGAAACUUCAGGGAUUCAUUCCCUAGGCUUGCCUCUUUCCAUGGAAAAGCUAGCAUGGAAAGCCACUUGUAAAGUCAGUGUGCUCUUGUCACAUUGGGGUUUGGUAUACCCAUCUAAGUGGGGGGUGAGGCACCUUCACAGGUUGGACUGAGUUAGAUGGAAAGGAAUUUGAAUUCUUCCUACUUAAGGCUUUGGUGAGUUACUUCCAGUUACUUCCAUAAUAAAUUAAUGGCUGUACAGUCUUAAAAUUCUCCUUAUUUCCAAAGAUUAUGCAACAAUGAAGCCCAUGUAUGAACUAUUUUGAAGCCAUCUCAUCAUGUUCUUAUCUGAAAAAAGGGAUUGUAAAAAAUGUUAUAUAAGUAUUGCCACUUUCUUAACAGGACCGUGAACUGAUUGAUCCGUUUCCAAUUCCACUAGUUAUAAUCGGGAGCAAAUAUGAUAUGUUUCAUGUAAGUAAUAACUGUGUUACAAUUCUCCCCCUCUGUUGUAUUGUGGUAGCCUAGGACACUUUUUUAUUGAUUCUCUCUCUCUCUCUCUCUCUCUCUCUCUCUCUCCAAAAUCAGAAAAGUAAUAUGAACAAAAUGGCAAUUACAGCCAUAUGUAAUUGCCAUCUCUGUCAUUCAUCCUCCAGAAACAAUAAUAAAAUAUUUAUAAUAAUGAAGAAAAUAAGACUAAAUAUGAAUGACAUAUACUAGCAAUAUACCAACUGUGAAAUAUACCAACAGCUUCAAUUCCUAGCAUCCCUUGGUAGGGCUGAGAAACCCUCAUGUGCCUCUGCCGGUUGGAAUAGAGUGAGACUGGGUCUGACUCUGUAUAAAGCAGCUUUCUGUGUUCCUGUAUAUUUCCCCUUUUUUUAUGUUGACCUUCAGGCCCCAUUCUCUCCUUUAGCACAUGCCCUUUAGGUUAUUUUGUAGAGUUAUCUUUAAAGAUGAACAGCCUGUUCAAAUGCAGCAGCAGUGUUUCUGAGAGACAGUAUCCAUUUUUAGCAGAAUCUUAAACUUCCCUCCCCAGCAAAUGUACGCAGACUGCCAUCACUUACGCAUUCACUGGAAGUAUAAAUGUGUGAGAUGACCUCCUCUCCCCAGAACUGAAUUGACCAUUAAAGACAGCUGUCAAUGGAUAUUAGCCACAAUGCCUAUACUCUACCUCCAUUGCCAGAGGCAGGAUGCCCUUGAAUACUAGUUCCUGGGAAUCACUGGUCAGGAGACCAGUGCUUUCAGGCUUUCCAUAGGCAUCUGAUUGGCCGCUCUGAGAACUGGAUGCUAGAAUAGAUGGGCCAUUUCCCUGAUGCAGCAGGGACUUCCCAAGAAGAUGUGUUAUGUGGUACCCUUUAAUCUGGUCCCUACCUUGCUUGAUCUUAACUUAGUACUAUCCUCGUGUCCAUUUUCUCUCAUACUCCUCCCUCAACUUGAUCAACGUGUGCACAUUUGAUCAGUAGAAAACACUUUCCUGUGCCUGUCUCUUCACAAGUGCUGAUGAUAUACCAUCGGAUACGGCAAUGCUGGUUCUUUCAGAGUCUGCUCUUAAUUCAUUUCUCAUCCUUUUAGUUUUUAUAACUACAACACCAAACUAGUCUUAUCUUUUGUGCACUGUUUGAGCACAUGCAGGCAGGACAUGUGUUUGGGGAAACAUUCAUCCUUGGUCCCCUAGGUGGCAGCAUAGUGCAUUCUAGGCAAGUCACCUGUCAUUGAUGCAUAAUUCCUUAUAGCGCAAGCCUAGGUUUCUUUGUUUGCUUCCUUUAUUAAGCAGCCAAUGUUAUUGGUUGCUUUUUGAAUGGAAUGUAAAUGACAUUUUCCCAAUAUUGUUAAGCUGCAUUCCUCUAAAGUAGAAUAAAUAAGCCCUUGUGAGGCAAAGCAAAAAUGUGUGUCUUUGGGAAAGAUAUGCAUAUACUAAAGUGCUUUGAUCUUCCCUGGUCAUCCUCUUGCUGUGCUCAUCUAAGCUAUUGUUUAGCUUAGCAGGUCAUCCAAACUGAGCUUGGGCUUUAGCUCUCUUCGGACAAGCCUCAAGCUGUAACCAAGGUUUAUCCUAUGGCCUGCACCUUGUGCUGUGCCUGAGUGAGCUGAGCCACAAGCCUGGGUUUAAACAAUACUGUCAACCAAACCAUGGUUUAGCUUAGCAUAGCACAAUAACAGAAUGACCUGCGAGGAGCAAAGUGGUCAAAGUCUCCUCUCUGGAAGCCCACACAUUUACUUGUUGGCAAAUGUUGACUUAGUGUUACACACAAAGGAGGGCAAUGUUAUGUCGCAUUGUGAAAAACUGUAAAAUGAUUCAUUAGAUUUUUCCCCCACCCCAACCCCCCUCUUUUUUUAAAGGAAUUUGAUUCAGAGAUGAAAAAAAUAAUAUACAAGACGCUUCGCUUUGUUUCUCAUUACUAUGGAGCAUCUUUAGUGGUAUGUAUAUUAUUGUAUUUCAUGGGCACAACCCUGCCAAAGUCAAGCCCUUUCAACUCGUAUUCAUUUCCCAAACAAACAAAGAAAUUAAAAUAAAAUAAAAUACAGUGGUGCCUCGCAAGACGAAAUUAAUUCGUUCCGCGAGUUUUUUCGUCUAGCGAAUUUUUCGUCUUGCGAAGCAUGAAAUCCCAUAGGAAUGCAUUGAAAUUCAAUUAAUGCGUUCCUAUGGUCAAAAAAAGUCCAAACAAAGCCAAAUUUGGUACAACAAGAGUUUAUUAAGUGCUCUUUAAAGUCACACAUACUGUAAGGAACAUUUCAAAAAUUGAAGGAACAAUAAAUGAAGUUACUAAACAUGACAGAAAAACAUUUAAAAAUCAACAAAGUGUACAGUACAUUUUCUAAGACUCUGGGGGACAACUCGAAGAAGGUUCCUCUUCCACUCUUUGCUUCUUGCUGAAGAACCCCCUCAACUGUUCCCCCAGCCACCCACCACACAGAAAUUCAAAUCCAGAAUUUUUUUUAAAAAACAGCAGAGUGGCCCAAUGGUCACAGAAAAUCAUAAAAAUGCAGGGAAAAAACACACAAGCUUCCAGAUUCUUGCAAACCCCUCCCCUACACCAAGUCCUUGAAUUCCAAACACCCCAACCCAAAAUCCAAAACCCCCCCAAAAAGUUUUAAAAGUUUAAAAGAAGUUUUGAAAAGCUUCAAAAAUCACCAAAGUCUUCAAAAACCUCAAAAAAAGGCUACCACACCGCGUUCUAUGAGUUGCUCCUCGAAGUCAAGUCGCAACUGUAUUAACGGUGUUAAGAAAAAGGAAACAAACUUGCAAGACGUUUUCGUUUUUCGUCUUGCGAAGCAAGCCCAUAGGGAAAUUCGUCUUGCGAAGCAGCUCAAAAAACCGAAAACCCUUUUGUCUAGUGAGUUUUUUGUCUUGCGAGGCAUUCGUCUUGCGGGGCACCACUGUAACCCAAUGUGUGGGUUAGUCUUACCAUGACCUGAUGAUUGUUGGCUUGUGAUGGCACAGAGGUGAUCUUUUUCACUAGUAGCACUGGUAUUGUGGAAUGCACUCCCUACUGAGAUUUAAGAAACCUCAUUUGUAUUGGCAUUCUGCUGGCUUUUGAAGACACACAGCCAUUCCUUUAAUCUCUUGACCUGAGUCUCCUGUUUUAAUUGCUGUUGUUUAAUUUUGUUUUACUGCAUAUUUUAUUUAUGGACAUUUAUAUGUUAAUGUUGGGAUUGUUAUAUUGUGUGUUUUAAUUGUGUGUUUUCAGCAACCAUGUAUGAUAACAGUGUUGUACUAUAGUUUUAUUAUUAUUAUUAUUUGGGGGCAUUAAGUGGUAGCUGUUUCAGGACACUGAAAGAGCUAAAUCUUAAACAUAACAGUCCUAUGAUGAAUUUUGAGUGACUCGGGAGUAGUAUUUUCCUAUGUUUACUAGGAGAAGCAUAACACAAGUUUUAUGCUUUGUUCACAGUUCACCAGCAAAUCUGAAGCUCUGCUCCUGAAAACACGUACUCUCAUUAACCAUUUAGCAUUUGGCUUUGAUAGGAGGUAAGCUAAACAAGUUCCUACUAUUGGCAAGCUCUCCCAAAACCUUCUGUUGGCUAGAUACUGGCAAUUUGUAAAAAAAGGAAAGGGGGGGGAAUCUGUCAGCUUUUCUGUUUAAUACAGGAUUCUUGCUCAUAGAUCUAUAUAACGACUGAUGAAACAGUUUUAGGAAAAUGCUUUCAAAUGGACUUGUUGGCCUAGGUGGGUGGCUAACUUGUGGCCUCCCAGCAUGGCCAAUGUUCAGGAAUGACUGAAGUUCUAGAUCUAGCCCAGCGGCACUUUGGGUGUGAGAAUCCUGGGCAAAAUUACCAUUGUAGGAAAGAGGCCAUUUUUGUGUAUGAAGGACACACCAAUAGCUCAGUGAUAGAACUUGCAUAUCCAAGUCCCUCAGUUCAUAGCAUCUCCAGGUAAAGGAUCUCAGAUGACAGGGCUUGAAAAGGCCCUGCUGAAAUGUUGGAGAUCUGCUAAUAGAGUAGACUCAGGCCCAAACUACACAGAAUGUUGAUUCCGUGGUUUGUCCUUGAGUAUACAGUAUUUCUUUCAAAAACAUCAGGUGAGCGGUGGGUCCAGACUGGGCCUUUGGCACUGGCAAAUUUAGCACAUUUCCCCCUCCUCCAGUCCUGAUCUGAAUUUGGACCUCCAUGCCUGCAAGGGUGGGCGAGGGGAGCUCCCAUUCAAUCCCAUUUGUCAGAAGGACUGCUGCUGAGAGAAAAAUAAAAAUUGGAGCUUUAUAGAAAAAGCUAGGAGGGGAAAUGGAUCCGUCAAAGCUUCCAUCAGCAGAAAUUAAACUUUUGCUGUCCAUCAGUUCUAUUGAUUUGAAUGGGACACAGUUGUAACUGGGGGGGGGGGGUGUAACUGAAUUUUCUGAAAAAAGAAAAGAAACAAAAACAAAUACAGUCAAACAAUUCAAAAUAAAUCAUAAAUUAAAACAAUAUGUUAUUUGCAUUUAAGGGCAUAGUUGUAACUUGCCUUUCUUAGAGUGUGCUUUUUGUCAGUUUUGUUUGGUAAAUUCUGAUAACUGAUCUAUAUUCAUUUUGUUCCAUUCAUGUUUUUUAAGCAAAUCCAUGUCAGUGGAUCAGAACAAGCCACUCUUUAUCCCAGCAGGAAUGGACUCUCUUAGUCAAAUAGGUGGGUGGUUUUCUUAUCCAGUAUAUUUAUUGUGCAUAUAGCUUUUACAGUUAAGAGAAUACAAGGCUGAACUGGACAAAAAUGAACAAUGGAUUCUGAAACGUCUACAAAAUGUAUUUGUGUAUGAUGAUUACUUAAGAAAAACGAUCGGAAAGUUUUAAGAAGGUACAGCAAUGUUUAACAACAACGCUAUACAUAUUUAUUGAAAAGUAAGCCCUGCUAAAUUCAGUGGGACUUACUUCCAGGAAAGUGUGUAAAGUACACAAAGGAUUGCAGGCCUAGUAUAACAGCUUCCAUGUUGAAAGCUUAGUGCUUAUCUUCAGGAACCUGUUUCUUACAUAUUUGUAUAACAACCUCCAUGUAGGACAAUUUUGUACUUUCUUUUCAUCCGUUUUGUUAAAUUAUUGAGGGGAAUACAUUCAGACAAGUAGCUUGUUUGCCAUUUGAAUGAUGGAGUGACCAUUGUUACAAUUCUUAUAAUAUCUAGGUCCUCCUCCUGCUUCCAAUAGUGAUAUUGGAAAGCUGCAUGCACAGACACCUAUGGAUCUAUGGAAAAAGGUGUUUGAGAAGGCAUUUCCACCAAAGGUGUGUAUACCUUUUUUGUUCUUUGAUGUUCUUAUCAGCCUUAUUUCUUUUCACAAUACUUGUUAAUUCUUGUGGCUGCACUGUUGUGCCGAAGCCAGAUUAUUCAGAAGUAAAGUAAUUUCAUUGGGACUUCUAGUUAUGGAAGAAUUGAAACUUUAAGCUUGGUACUGGCUUUGCUUUUUGUGCACAGCUGUUUUCAUUUCCUAAUUCAUUGAUCAGGAUUUAAACCUUGAGCCAGGGGUUCCUAGUUUAGAUGUAACAGGAACCUGUAGCUUAACCCCCACACCUAAGUGUUCAGCUGUGGCGCACAAGAGGACUGAGUGUCUGGGCGCAAUGCUCGUUCUCACUGUAAUAAAUCAUGGUUUGUUAGACCUGAACUGUUACAUCUGAACUGGGACACUGUCACAGAAACAUAGACACAAAGUCACUUCACGUGAUCUUUGUAGGUUCUUGUCGUGGCGAAAUAAAUGCAAGCUGAUACAACCUUUGUGAACUGAUGGGAACUAGGCUGUUUCAUACAGUUGUCUUCGAAAGAUGUGGACCUGCUGGAAGGGGUUCACAGUGUGGCCAGGAUCCCUCGGAGGUGCCUGUUACAUGAACUAGCUUCUUUGCACAGAGGGUUGAGUAUUUUGCAAGGUGUGUUUAGCCCCCAUAAGGAAAAACAGUGUAUAUAUGUAGCACAUCCAUGCCAUCCCAGCUUCGUUGCAGUCAUGCAACUGGUCCUUCAUUACACAUCUUGAAGAGGGAGCUAUAUGAACCAGCCUCUGCAGUUUGUACAGGUUGAUGCCUUAAACGUAUUUAUGGCAGAGAUGCAAGCUCUAGGGAUAUUUCAAGACACACCUGGGGGAAAGAAUGAGGCUGCAUUUUACUCUUUCACCUGCACUUGUUUCAGAAUGUCGGAGUUUUCAAAGAAGUCAAGGACCCAGCUCAAGAUCCACAGUAUGGUGAAUAUGAAGUCGAUGCUAUGCGCGCUCAGAAGAACCAGGUAUGCUACAGCAGUCGUUCAUGUCGCUCAAUAAAGAAAAUCUCACGGGUAUUUCUCAGGCACUGUACGUAUGCCCAGACGUAUGUACCUUUGAACAUUCAUUUAUAGCUGCAAGUCUCAUUUUAACCAUAAAGUUUGCUCAGGUGGCCUUGGACACAUCAUCAACUCUCGGCCUAAUCUGAUAUAUUGAAGGUUAUUCUAUAAAUAAUUCAGAUAAUUUUUUUAAGCAAUCUGCUUCUAUAGGAAAGUAAGCCACACUGAUGGCAGUUGCAGACGUGGAAGAACUUUGAGUGUUACCUCCAGGGUUUACCUCCAGGGCAGUUUUCCAAGUUGCAUUUUCUAAAGGUGAAAGGUAGCUUUGCAAAAUGCCACAGCAUAGUUCUUAAACUAAAGUAACCCCAUAUUUUCUCUGGAAGUUUCAUAACACUGCCGCUAAGGUUACUCAAGUUUAGUUGAACACGUCAGUGACCAUGCCUACAAACCUGAGCCAGUAAUUAUCUAGUUGAUUUCACAGUUUUAUAGUAUAGUAUAAUCUACAGUAAAAUAGACAAACUCUAGACUACUUCCAGUAUUGGAAAAUUUGUUUAGGCUGACAGGUUUAUUCCAGGGCAUUGCUUUAGAGUUACCUCAGCAAGUAUUUCCAUUUUAAGUCAUGGUGCAAAAUUAAUCUCAGUUGAAAUUAUUUCUUGCAGAUUACAAGUAGUAUAUAAUUAAUGACUAAUGUAGUCCUCAGACAUUCCAUUUAAUUGAUUUUAAUGUGUCACCCAAAAUAGAAUGUUCAGUUUAAUUGCUUGCAACAUACAUUUUUUGCUUUACAUUCAUACUAAGGCUAUGAUUAUGGAUGGUAUUUUUAUUAAGUAAAAUAGGCUACUAGUAAAAGUUGAUUAAAUCAUAUUGAAAAUUAAUAUUUUCCCAGGUGUUUCCUAGUUUCAGUGCUCUUUUAUUUUAUAAAGAUUUUAAUCUGUAUUGAUGCCAUUGGAAGUUGCUGUAGCUUUUGUUGUUGGUACUAUUAUGGAGAAAAAAUGGUAAUAGACAAGUUUCUGUAAAAAGAAAAUUAUCUGCAGUUAUUUCCCUAAAAUUUCCAUCUUGGAGUUCAGUUAUUAUAAGAUUAUUAUAACAUUUGAACUGCCCUUUAUGAAAACAUUUUGGGAUUUUUGUAUUUCAUUUGAUCUUAAAAGCUGCGAGAUAACCCUGUAUAUAUCUGUAAGAAAACAAUUCCCUGGCUACAUUCAGUUUUUAAAUGCAUUAGGAUUUCCCAUAAUUAUAUGAAAAUUGAGAGUGAAAUGGCCCUUAUCUCAAGAAGUAAGUAUUAAAUGCUUCAGAAAGCUAAUCUUUUUUCCCUUCCUUUUUGUACUCCUUUGUUCCAUACAUAAAGCAUUUAUAUAGAGAGGAGCAUUUAUGUUAAAGUUAUAGCGUCAAACAUAAUGCUUUGUAUUUCUGUUUCUUGAAGGUAUUCAUGCAUGGUAGCUUUUUAUUCCAAUUGAAAAGUAGACUUUUGUGCAUUUCUUCCUGAUCAUUUUAUGUUGCUCUUUGGACUCAGAAUGACUAUCUGUAGAGUUUAAUAUACUUCUCAUAGUGCUACUGACAUUAGGGACCACACACCUGCAAACAGUAACCAGACUCUCAUUUCUUAGCAAGCUUUCUUAACAGCAGCACAUAAAAGAAACGGUCCCGUUCCCCCUACCGCACCCCCUGCCGGCCAUCCAUUGAUCCAUUAGUGCUUAUUUGGACCUCUCUCUUUUUUGGGCAGUGAUCUGCAUCAGCCAUAUAGCCUAUUUCAUCUAGACGUUAGAAAUACAUCAUUGCUAUAAUAUACCAAAGGCCCCGAUCAGGAUGCUUCUCUGUCUUUCUCGUGAUUUUCUCUGGCCUAACAGUUUGCUCACUGUACAGUGAUAGUUGUUCAGAUGCUUGAAGGCCACUUAAUAGUGCUUUUGAAAUUUUAAAAACCUGAGCAACCUAAGCAGCAAUUGUAGCUCCUUUAACCUAGCCCCCUUUCAGCACCCCCAGCGCAACCAAAUACUGUAAAGAAGCAUUAACCUGUCCUUCCCCACAGCACUCCUGAUACAGGUAAAAUUGUGAUGUUGGAUGCAUCAGGAUCAUUGGGGAGGGCAGGCUUUAACCGUUUCCCCUCAUCACUCCAGAUGCAACUAAAAUCUCUGUCUCUGUGCAGCUGAUAGCAGCGUGGGAAAUUGCAUACAAGGGCCCAGUCCUAUGUAAUAGCCACAAAAAAGUGAUGAAAGCACACGACAGUAACAACAAUGUAUUGAUAAGUUAACAAUUACGUAGGACGAAACAUCAUUACAAUUGCAAGGUGUGAAUGAACCAAUGAAUAUAUGGAUUGAAUGACUGGAACUACUAGUCAGAUGCACAAGAAGAAUUAGAAAUGAGCACAAUGCAGUUCAGAAAUUAUGUUUAUUUAAUAAAUCCACAUGGCACUUCUUUUAAAUUAUACUAUGCCACAGCAGCUUACAACUUAUAAGAACAAUUCAGAACCAUAUAAAAUAUCAAGCAUUCACUACUUCUAAAGACACUUCUGUCAGCUAGCCAUCCCAAUAAAAAAUGAGGCCUCUGCCUAGUUGUGCAAAAUUACAAAAAGAAUACGGAUGCUGAUGUAAGCUAACUAAAAAUGAAGUUAGGUGCGAUGAAAAGGCCAUGAUUGUGACAACAAUUUUCACUUUUUAUUCUGAUGCCAUACAACGCGGCCCACACUGAUCAAAAUGUUUUCCAAAAUUAUAAAAGAAAUAGAAGUCUGAUUUGCCAGAAACAUAAAGUAUGUGGUUUUUGUAAGUGGUGGUGGUAAGUACCUUUCUACUAUCCAUUCACAUGAAGAAAAUGUUGUGUCCUAAUUCAGCAAGGGCAAAUCAACCGUGAAAGAAGACUUGUGGAGAUUUCUGGAUACGUGAGCCAAAUGGUGUUGUGCAGAAGAAAAACCCACCUCGACAUCUGUGCUAGUGCUCCUGUUAGCACUGCAAGAGUCCUCAGCUCUGCCAAAUCCACUUUGGACAGGAAAAACUGAGUCCCAACACUUUCCCCAACCCUUAAAGAGUGAUGCAUACUGCUACGCCUAUAGGAAAGAUACAGGGGGUACUCUAGACUGCGCUCAUAAUCUAGCAGGUCACAUCAAGGGGUCCAGUUUCUAGCAGGUUUCAGUCAGAUGCCUUUGGAAGAUCCCAAGCAACAUAUGGAAGCAAAGACUGGUUGGUUUGUCCCCUGGAAUAUAUGGUGUUCUUAGCUACAUGCAUUUGAAGAUAGAGCUCCCACUUAGCAAACACUUGUGUUGCUGGUCACUUGGGAGAUCUGCACCCCUAGGCUGCACUUGAGGGAGCAAAUGAACAUUAUUUCUUAGUUUAGUAGCAGCUGGAUAAUUGCUCUUUGAAACCACAAGUAGUAGAUAAUGAAAAGUAAAAUGAUACGGGUGCAAUUAGAAUAAUGGACUUCAGUAAUUUCGCGGUGGAUCUCAGUAUUAGAAUGGCAUAUACAGCAUGACAUAAAAAGAUAAACUGCCAUUUGUUUAGUGUUAUGAAAGGCAUACAUGAGAGCUGCUUUAAUCAUGGCUAAUUUGCUGUGUGCCACAAUCUGGAUUUCUUUUACAACUCAUUCAUAAUUAAGAUAUAUAGAUACCACUGAUACAUUCCAUGCAGUUUAGACCCCGCUGGGUGUUUGGGCUUAUCUUGCAUACACUGUUUCUAAAAUGCCAUCUUUUAUGUCUUUCAUUUUAUUUUUAUGCAUACUGAUUUAUAUGCAGUGAUGAUAGUAAUGAUAGCAGAGACUGGAUGAGAUCCAAAAUUUGCAAUAUAUUGCAGAAUAAUACUUAAUGUUCUCACAUUAAAAUUGAACAUGCAGUUGCUUAUAUCAUGGGGGAUAUUAUUAUUUAUUACAUUUAUUAGAAGCUUUUUUUUCAAAAAUGAAACUCAAAACUAACUUACAAAAAACUAAACAUUAAAAACUGUUUCAAUAUAUCUUUCCAUUUUAGGAACUAGAACAGUACAAAAGAAAUGCCUCUAAAACCUGGAAAGAAAUGGAGUUUGAUUCUUGACUGAGAAGUAUGUCUCAACCAGAUUUGAAGCUGCAUUUCAUACAUUUGAGUCAUUAUGUUUUGUACACUUGUAAAAUGCGUAAAAACCCCCAUCAUAAAUACUUAAGAAUAAUUAUGGUCAUUGUUGUUUAUGAUCAGUAUAGUAGAUUGUGCCAGAAUCACUUCUCUUAGUUAAACUCAGUAAGAGAUGACCCAGAUGUUGCAAAACGUUUGAAGAAGAAAAGUAGACACAUUCUGUGUCAUUUAACAUCAGAUAACUGGUUUGUGAAAAGUUCAAAGGACAUUCUGAACAUUAAUCUUAACAGCAGGUCGAUGCCCUGAUCCUCAGUUUCACCUUUGCUGCAGCGUAUUAAAGUCAGUGUGAGAUUGUGAGAUUUCCCCCCCUCCAGUUAAGACACAAUUUUCUGUAUUUUGCCAGCAUAAUAUGAUAAAAGUUGCAUUUCUGCUUAGACUAUUAGAAGCUUUGGGAUGUUGGACUAUAGUUUUUAACCAUCACAAAUUCUUUAUGAAUUUUUUGUUUGCUUGUUUGAAUUGAAGUAUUCAGCAAAACUAUAUGAUCUUAAACAGGAAAAUGCAAAGGAAAUUUCUAUUUUUGUAUGACACUUGUAAAUUGCUAUUUUGAACCUUUUAAACAUUACCACAAACGAAUGCAGUUGGUCAUUUUUAAAAUAAAGACGUUAUACAAAAGAAACCCCCCCCCACCUGAAAUAAUUUGCUCAAACACAAUGUGGAGAGGAAAAGAAUCAGUCUGGCGUGGGAGGUGGGGACAGAAAUAACUGCACCAGUCAGCUGUUCGGACAGAACUGGGUUUGGGGUGGAAAAACGAAAUCCUCCUGAAUACCUAAGAGGCAAUAUAUGACUGUUGCUUUUCUUUAAGAGGGUGCGGUUCAUGCAGCCCUGGCAGUUGAAUUUGCAAGAGAUACAGCUGGAUUAGCUGCUUUUGUUUAUCAUAAUAUUAGCACCGAAGAACUAAAAGUAAAUAACGGGGAAUGGUUUAGAUUUCAUAGUUAACGCUGUACUUUCACACACUGCAAGAGUGAAAUAGCAUAUAGACCAUUUAGUGUCACGUCUAUUUCCUGGCAAUAAUUUGAUCUCUUAUUUUAAAACUGAUAAUUGCUAGAAUUAUGGCUGCUGGGACAAAGGCAUAUAAUAUUAAAAAGUCCGAUGCGAAUCGGGAUGCUGCACCGGGAAACAUCAUUUCAAUGACCUGAGCCCCUUGGGAGAAUGGACAGGGAGCCCCAGCCGCAGUGGAAUCGUUGAAGUGACCUACCAAAAGAAAGGUUUUCAGAUUACAGUGUUGGUUUGAAGAUUCUAAAAGGAGACGUUUACAUUCUCAGAAAGCUUGACCACUUGGUUAGGGGCCAGUGGCUACAGCUAUGGCAAGAUUUAAAUCCAUCCCACCCCUUCUCAAGGUGAUUUGUCCCACUGGCCCAAGUAGCUGAAAGCGCUUCUUCAGGGUCUCUGCUGAGAUGUCCAUAUGGAAAGCUCUAGACUUCCAGGAAGCACACCUGUCCUUUCAGGAUCAGCUGGUUCUCAAUAGUAACUUGGCUAUAGCUCAUGGUUAGUGUGGAGAAAGUUUAACCAGGAAUCCCUGCUGGAGCAGCAUGCUAGGCCAAACUUUGGCCUGGCUCAGGGCAGUGGAGCUGUACUCACAGUGGCUGUGAGUGAGCUUCUCUCCAGGAGGUUGCACAUUCACACAGGCUUACUAAACCAUAGUUUGGCUUACUUUACUGCCAAACCAGGCCAUUGUCUUAGUUUCUCCCACAUUUGCUUUUCCUACAUAUUAUAUAUCACAUGUUCCGAAUGGAGUUACUUUCUUUAGCCCAAGAAACAAAAAUAAAGCACAGUUGCAGUAGCCAACAGGUUUCUGCCCCCUGUUUCUGACUCCUGCCUGAGAACAAACUAGAUUUUGGGUAGCUGAUGUGUUCAAGCCUUUUGCAGCGCUUUGAGAACAAUUUGAGUUCCCAGCACUUGUGCCUGGUGUUGACUAGUUGAAAACAUGGUGUGUUUGCAGAUGUGCACUUGGCUUCUUCACUACAGUAUACAGUUUUCUGCAAAUGCAACACACCUCUUUCCCCUGGCCUUUGACACCUGAUAUAUGUGUUUUUGGGACUCACACUGUUCCUGUGACUCUGAUCUGUUUUAAUUCUGAAUUUUAAAUAGUUGUUUCCUGCCCUGGCCAGUAAUAAAUUUAAUCUUCAUCUUCAUCUCCCUUGCUGGAUCAGGGUAAAUAGAUUUUCUGGUUUCUCCUCUGUUACUGGAAGCCCAGAUGACCUCAGUGGCAAAAAUUGGCUUUUCCCACCUCUGGCUUGUUCACUAGCUAUGGCUGUUCAUCGUCAGCCACUGUGAAAACAGUAUCCUGGACUAAUUGAGCAUUUGGACAGAUCCGGCUGAGCUCGUUUUAUGGGAUAGAUGUAUGGAUUACUUUGGAUAACUUCCACUGCAUGUUGUUGGUCUAUUGUGGGUCGCUGGAUUUUUUUAAAAAAUAGUUGCAAUUCAGCCUGAGAUAAUUUCUGAUGAAGGGCAGGAUAUAAAUCUUAUGAAUAAAACAUAUAAAUAGAA